GGGAGGCCGGGAGGCGGCAGGAAGGGCAGGGCGCGCGCGGAGCCGCUGGAGCCCAAAGUUUCCGCGCAGCCUCGGGGCGGCGGCGGCGGCGGCGCGGGGCGCCCGGCACCGUCCUGUGCGCAGCCUCGCCCGCGGGGACCCGCGACCGCCGCCGGCCACGCCGAGGGUCGCAGGCGGCCACGCGGAGGGAGGAGCGGCGCCUCGGCAGACCUGCGGGAACCAGCUCAGAGACCCCAGCGGAGACGGCCGUGUAGCUGACGAGGCCAGCAUGGAGCGCAUGAGAGGACGCAGGAAGGAUGACGACCUGGAGAAGCUGGUGAAUGACAUGAACACAUCCUUGGAGAGCCUGUACUCGGCCUGCAGCAACAUGCAGUCGGACACGGUGCCCCUGCUGCAGAACGGCCAGCACACCCGCAGCCCGCCGCCUGCCGCGAGUGCCCGCCCCGCCCCGCCGCAGAAGGUGCAGCGCUCCCAGCCUGUGCACAUCCUGGCCGUCAGCAGGCGCCUUCAGGAUGAAGACCCGCAGUUCCGAACCUCUUCGCUGCCGGCCAUCCCCAACCCCUUCCCAGAGCUCAGCGGCCCUGGGAGCUCCCCGGUGCUCCCGCCGGCCUCCCUGCCUCCGAGCCAGCCCGUGACAAAGCAGGAUGUCAAGGUCUUUAGUGAGGAUGGGACAAGCAAAGUGGUGGAGAUUCUGACGGACAUGACAGCCCGGGACCUGUGCCAGCUGCUGAUUUACAGGAGUCACUGCGUGGAUGACAACAGCUGGACCCUGGUGGAACACCACCCACACCUGGGACUCGAGCGGUGCUUGGAAGACCAUGAGCUGGUGGUGCAGGUGGAGGGCACCAUGGGAAGUGAGGGCAAAUUUCUGUUCAGGAAGAAUUAUGCGAAAUACGAGUUCUUCAGAAACCCUGUGAAUUUCUUCCCGGAACAAAUGGUCACUUGGUGCCAGCAGUCCAAUGGAAGUCAUACGCAGCUGCUGCAGAACUUCCUGAACGCCAGCAGCUGCCCUGAGAUUCAAGGAUUUCUGCACGUGAAGGAGCUGGGAAGAAAGUCGUGGAAGAGGCUGUAUGUGUGCCUGCGCCGGUCUGGCCUCUACUGCUCCACUAAGGGAACAUCCAAAGAACCCAGGCACCUGCAGCUGCUUGCUGACCUGGAGGAGAGCAACAUCUUCUCCCUGAUUUCUGGGAAGAAGCAGUACAGUGCACCCACGGACCACGGGCUCUGCAUAAAGCCAAACAAAGUGAGGAAUGAAAUCAAGGAACUGCGACUGCUGUGUGCAGAGGAUGAGCAAAGCCGCAUAUGCUGGAUGACUGCGUUCCGUCUCCUUAAGUAUGGAAUGCUCCUGUACCAGAACUAUCGCAUCCCUCAGCAGAGGAAGGCCUUGCUGGCACCCUUUGCAACACCAGUGCGCAGUGUCUCUGAGAACUCUCUUGUGGCAAUGGAUUUUUCUGGGCAAACAGGAAGAGUCAUUGAGAAUCCAGCUGAAGCCCAGAGUGCUGCCCUGGAGGAGGGCCAUGCCUGGAGGAAGAGAAGCACUCGGAUGAACAUCUUAUCUAGCCAAAGUCCCCUCCACCCUAACUCCUUCAGCACCGUGAUCCACAGGACCCAGCACUGGUUCCAUGGGAGGAUCUCCAGGGAGGAGUCCCACAGGAUCAUCAAGCAGCAAGGGCUUGUGGAUGGGCUUUUCCUGCUUCGUGACAGCCAGAGUAACCCAAAGGCAUUUGUACUCACACUGUGUCAUCACCAGAAAAUUAAAAACUUCCAGAUCUUACCUUGUGAGGAUGAUGGGCAGACCUUCCUCAGCCUGGAUGACGGCAACACCAGGUUCUCCGACCUGAUCCAGCUGGUUGACUUCUACCAGCUGAACAAAGGGGUCCUGCCUUGCAAACUCAAGCACCACUGCAUCCGAGUGGCCUUAUGACCUCCCACCUGGAGGCCGUUCACACUGGAACGAGGAAGAGGUCUGCGCGUGUAUUGAGAAUAUUUCUGUACCAUCAGAUGGUUCCUCCGGUACCAGCCAACCAGGAGGGACUUGUUUGUUGAAUUGACAUUUUCCUGCCGCACACCUGGCGGGACCAUGGCCCUUUGUUAUCAUCCAAAUCAGAAAGGGCCUGAGAAAUCCAGCGCAAGUUGGAAAAAUAAACUGGAAAGAUCAUCUUGGCUGGGCCACAUCAGAACAAGAACCGGAGAGAAGGAAUUGGAAACGAACUCUUGCCCUGGAGUAAUCUUGACAAUUAAAACUGAUAUGUUUACUUUUUUUGUAUUGAUCACUUUUUUGCACUCCUUCUGUGUUGUCAGUGUUGUAUUCAGCCUCUGGCAGGAGGGACGUGGCUGGUCAGCCUUUGUGUAGGAGGGACGUAGCUGGUCAGCCUGUGUCAGAUGAGCAGAGUUGCGAGUGGGGGUGGGCGUCAGACUGACCGUGGGUGCCCCAGUGUUCCCAUAGGUAGCUACGCCCUCUCUAGAUUGCCACAACAUGGAUUCAGCUCCCAGAUUACAAACACCCCCUGCCCCUACCCCAGCCCUUCCCAGUAUACUUGAAAAGCUUUGUUUUUAAAUAUACAAGGUGUCACCUGUGGUAGGCGUUUGGCAUGUUUCGUGGACUGGUCUGUCAUUAGCCAUUGCUCUGUGCACAGGUGUCCCGUCCUGUUGUUGUCAGCGUGUCUCGUUCUCCACGUGCCGUGGACUCUGUUUCUUUGGAAAACUCACUGUGCCCCAGCACAGCAGGGCUGGGCGAUGCCCUCCAGCUUAGCACAGGCUGGCCUUCUCGGGAUGCGCCCAGCCUGUUGCGCAGUCCGUCUGGGGAAAUCUCAGCCUCGCAUUUUCCCAGCCACCAGCCUGUUCUAGAACAGUCACUGCCUUACCCCCUUGCGGUGGUGUGAGUCGUCCUGUGGCUGAUCCCCCUUAGGAGGUUAAAGAAGCUGCAGAGAAAAUGGCACCAGGUAGCUUUCUGCUGUGCUCCGUGGGUUUCCAUGGCGGUGAAGACAGAGCCGUUGCAGAGGGCACAGGCUUGGGCUGGCUUUCCAAGGUCAGUGGCCUCUGUCCUGUGAGCCUGUGGACGUGGGCAGUAAUGCCUCAGUGGCUGUGGGUGCUGGCCAGUGGUAGCAACAACUCACUUGCUUCCCACUCUGGGAGAUGAGUCAGUCAGAGGCUCAAGUUGUCACUGGGUCCGCUCCUCCCCUGGCCUUGUCUUAAAGUGUGAGAGGGGCUAUUUCUGUACCUUUGACUGCCACAGAGCAGAAGGGACAGCCCUGACAAGCCCCCACACCACUGGGGUGAAUAGAGUGACUACCUUGCCCAAGGUGACACCUGACCGGCUCUGCUGAGCCCGUGCUAGCCACUGGCUCACCCCAGCUCCCUUCCACAGCACGUCCUGGACCUCUGGUUGAUGUGUGUGGGUGAGCACAGACAUGGGAGAGCUGUGCUGAGACAGGCUGGCUGCCGCCCGUCCAUGGUAUGGAAACGCUGGACUGUAGUUCCCAGAGCACGCUCCUGUUGUUUCCAUGAAAUGCCUACUCACUGAAAUGAAGACUUUUGUAGCAAAGUGUUAUUUUUAACCAUAAAUGCUCAGUGGCCUCUUCUUCCUUUUGCACCCAGUUAAUCUUUGGAACAAUUGACAACGGGGUGAUUGUCAAGUUAGUGGCUGGCGGCUGCUGCCGCUGACCCCACUCUGGGAGGGCUGUCUCGUUCCCCACCAGACCCUUCUUUCCCUCACUGACCCCACCCUGGGGAGAGCUGUCUCCAUCCCCACCAGCUGGCAAAACCUUUACAGACAACUCUAGGGUUUCUUUGCUCUGUUUCUGUAGACAACGCAACAGCGCCAAACCCCUCCCUCAUGCCGCUCCCUGACGGACAGCUAGGAUGUGCAGUAUUUCAUAUUUAUAAGUGUGCGUUCUAUUUAAAAGAAGAACAAAGCUUGGCUCUGACUCACGAUUUUGUAUGUAGCUGGUUUGACGUAGUCUUUUGUACCUCCCCAGCGUAGUGAAUUGUGGAGAGUGUAGACCGCCCUGCCCGCGUGCAGCAGACUUCUCGCGGCCCCUGGCUGGGAAUCCCACCUGGAAACAGCAAGUCCCUUGUGCCUGUGGUGGCAUAUGCCCCCGGGCUGGGACGGAAGGACAUUUGACUUUUAUUUUUGUAUUUAAUUGACGUGAAUGUAAAGGGGACAGCUCAGGGUUGUUGUGGAGCCUGUUGACCUUUUUCUCUGCCUGUGAUUUUAUUUUCUGAAUGGAAACUCCAUUGUAGCAACCUGGAUUAAGUCGAGAAGGAAAACGCCAAAUGCUUUGGGUGUUGUUAGAGUUCCAGAAUCUUCUUUUUGUUUGCUAAACCUUGAAGAAACAUGUGCCUCAGCUUAGGUGUUUUGUCCUCUCCUUUCUGCACUUGACACCUGACAGUCUGACCCAUCGCUGCGCCUUGCGGGCUGGGACUAGCUCCUUAUAGAUUUGUGAUGUGGCAGUGUCACCCUGUGUGUCAUCAGUUCAGGGACUGCAGAAGGUGUUGAUGAGGAGACAAAACCUUUACCCGCGUGCUCCGCUUCAUUCUGUACAUAGCUCUCUGGCUCGUGAACCUAACUGUAAACGUUCAGGUAUUUUUGUACAAAUAAGGGACUGAUGUUCUGUUUCUUGUAACUAGAAAUAAACAUUAAUACAGUGUUCUUCAUUUUC